UUCCCAUCUUCCCUUUCGGUCCUUGCACACCCAGGGACAAGGUCGCGAAAGCCGGAGUGGUGCCGCCGUUUCUUCCGCCCUCAAUCUUUGCUUUUUUCGGAGAGCCUCCAACAGCGCCAUGUUGGGGCAGAGCAUCCGAAGGUUUACCACCUCUGUGGUCCGAAGGGGCCACUAUGAGGAGGGCCCAGGGAAGAAUUUGCCAUUUUCAGUGGAAAACAAGUGGUGGUUACUUGUUAAGAUGACUUUAUUCUUGGGAUCUGGAUUUGCUGUACCUUUCCUUAUAGUGAGACACCAACUACUUAAGAAAUAAGGAUGUUUAAGUUCAUCCACGAAACAGGUAAGAAGAGGAGCAUUCUAAGAAGUCCAACUUCUGAAAAAUGGAUCAAACUUUAUUGAAGUUAUAGAGCAUACUGGUUAUGUUUGUAAAUAAACAGUACAUGAGUGCUAAUGCCUCUUACUCUGUGAAAUACAGUGUGCUAAUUGAGCAUGUAUUUAAUUUUUAUUUUGAUAUUAUUCCUGUAUUGGUUUCUUGAUCAAAAUACGUAUGUCAUUUAGUUGUUUCCUGGGUCAGGACCUUGUUGAUAACUUAUGGUAUAAAGGAGAAGUACAGACUUG